AUGGCGGCGGCACCACGAGCGGCGCCUCGCCUGCCCGAGGUCCUACGUCCCCCCCUGCUGGAGCAAAGGCCCGGCGACGCCCGGAGUGCCGCGGGCUCCUCGGCCCGCACCGGCAUGCUGCUUGCUGUUUGUUCUUUCUAUGUGAGAAACGUGCUUUGCGACUGUAGCGCUGACGCUUCAAACACCAUACGAGCAGCACAUGUGGAGACCCAGCGUUCAAGUGCCACGGAGGGCACUGCCUAUUCAGCAACAGUCAGUCAGGGCUAUGUUUUACCAGAAGGAAAAGUCAUGCCCAACACAGUCUUUGUUGGUGGAAUUGACAUAAGGAUGAAUGAAGCAGAAAUUCGGAGUGUCUUUGAACAAUAUGGUACUGUGAAGGAGGUGAAGGUCAUCACUGACAGAACUGGUGUUUCAAAGGGGUAUGGAUUUGUGUCUUUCCUGGACAAUGUGGAUGUUCAAAAGAUAGUUGAGUCACAAAUCAACUUCCACGGUAAAAAGCUGAAACUGGGGCCAGCAAUCAGAAAACAACAAAAUUUAAAUUCCUGUGUGCAUCCCAGACAAAUAGUUCUUGGUCCUCCUCCACCACAGUUCCAGAGUGUGUGGGGUAAUCAGAGUAUGGAGACAUAUGUGCAGCCUCCAGCUGUCAUGAACCCAGUAACACCCUAUGUUCAGCCCUAUCCAUACAGUUCAUCACCAGCUGUACUGCUAAAGCAGCAAGUUCCCAUAGGAUAUCAACCUGCUUACAACUAUCAGGCUCAACCACAGUGGCUUGCUGGGGAGCCAAGAAAUUAUGUAAUACCUCCAACUCCGGUGUAUACUUCAGUGAACUAUCAUGGCUCUGAGGAUCCAGGAUUUAUACAGAUGGAAUGUGCUGUUCCAGAGCCCACGCAGUUGCCUAGCAGCCCACAAAAGAAGUCUGUGGACAGGGGCAUGCAAACAGUACUAUCCUGUCUGUCUAAUCCUGAGAACCAGCUGACAAAUGACUUUGUAUCACAAGACAGCAAUGUAAAGGAGGGUAAGACAUACCACUUCAGAAAAGGAAAGACAGUACACAAAGCCAUUUGA